GCUACUCCCUCUGAUCCUCCACGCUCCUUGACAAACAAACUCCCACCGUCGACGAUCAUCAACUCCUUACCCUCGGUCGCCGGCGACAAAUCGCCAGAGUGCACUCUAUUUUCAGCAAUUGUAUCUCUAUCUCACCCCUCUCUCAAAACCCCAAUCCAAGCCCUAAUUCUGGUGAGACAGCUCCGGCAAUGAUAGCUCUUCCUGUGAAUACCUCUAAAUAUUAUUGACGCUAAGAAUCAUUCAUUAACAGAAGGAUUAAGGUUGAAAAAUGGAAGAACCUUUUGAAAUAAAUGAUUUCGAAGUAGAUGAAGGGUUAAAAGCACCAUCACGUGGGAUGUUUUUUGAGACAAUUGAAGAAGCACGAAAGUAUUAUGAAGAUUAUGGUAGACAAAAUGGUUUUUGGAUUCGUACUCGGACUUCAUGCAAAGGACGAAGCCGGUCGAAUGAAGUGACUAGUAUGCUAUUUUUAUGCGCAAAAGAAGGAAAGUAUGUUGCGAAGAUUGAAAACGAUGGUGCCGUGGAGGAGAAUGAUGAGACAGAGGAAGAUGGAAAAGUGAUACCGAGAAAAAGAGCUAGAAGUUGUUCAACUGCUAAAUGUGGAUGCAAGGCUCAUUUGCUGAUUAAAUAUGACAAAUGGAGUAGCAAAUGGAAAGUAACAGUUUUCACCGAUGCCCACAAUCAUCCAUUAGUAACUCCAUCUAAGAGAAUGAGAAUGAAGUCCAAUCAACACAUGUCUAAAGCAGUAAAGAAUUUGACCGAAACUUUUCAUAGAGAAAAUUUGGGAAUUUCUAAAGUUACUUCUAUUUUUGGUGGCGAACACAUUGGCUUUGAUAAUAGAGAUUGCUAUAAUCACUUGAGGAAUGUGAGGCAUAGAGAGCUAGAUGGUGGGGAUGCACAAUCUGUCCUCAUCUACUUUAGGAACAGACAAGCACAGAAUCCACAAUUUUUUUUAUGCAAUUCAAUGUGAUGAUAAUGGGAGGGCAGUCAAUUUUUUUUGGGUGGACUCGCGAUCUCGCAUGGCGUACCAUUACUUUGGAGAUGUGGUCACAUUUGACACAACCUAUCGAACAAACAAGUAUGAUAUGCCUUUCGCACCAUUUACGGGAGUAAACCACCACAUGCAGUCAAUACAGUUUGGAUGUGCACUUUUACAAGAUGAGAUAGAGGUGACAUUUAAAUGGUUGUUUGAGACAUGGCUUGAAGCUAUGGGAGGACGUCCUCCAACUUCUAUCAUCACUGACCAAGACUUGGCAAUGAAGGCAGCAAUUGCCCAAGUUUUUCCUAACACCCGUCAUUGUUUAUGCAUUUGGCAUAUCAAGAAGAAAUUUGUUGAAAAAUUGUUGCAAGUGUACUUCAAGAAAUCAAAAUUCAAGAAGGAUGUGAAAAAUUGUAUUUGGGCAACAUAUAGGAAAGAAGAUUUUGAAAAGAGAUGGAUGGAAUUGAUGAAGGAGAAUGGGUUGGAGAGCAACGAAUGGCUUCAACAAUUGUAUGAUAUUCGUGACUCAUGGGUACCCGUUUAUAAUCGUGGCACAUUCUUUGCUGGUAUGAAUACUACUGGACGUAGUGAGGGUGUUAAUUCAUUUUUUGAUGGUUUUGUUACCUCGACGACAAAUCUUAAAGAGUUUGUAGUCAAGUAUGACCAAACCUUGAAGAGGAUUGUGAAAAGGGAAAAUAAUGAAGAUUUUGAGUUUGAACAUAAGUUUCAGAUUGUGAAUGACAAUGAAUUUUUGUUGAAGCAUGCGGCAAAAAUUUAUACUAGAAACGUCUUCAACAAGUUCAAGGAUGAAAUGAAUGGAGUCUUCCAUUACAAAGUUGAAGAGGUGGGAAAUGCCAAUGGAUUUCAAUCGUUCAUAGUGAAGUCAAAAGAACAUGAAGUUAAAAAGUUCACAGUGACAUUUGGAUUUGCAAACGUAUGAGGGUACGUGUGAAUGCCAAAAUUUUGAGUUUAUUGGAAUAUUGUGUACGCAUAUUUUGAAAGUGUUUGUCCGGCUAGACAUUGAUGCAAUACCGGACCAUUUUAUUCUUCCACGAUGGAGGCAAAAAGCCAACAAAUUCAGAAUAAUUGAUUCCGAAGGAUUAGUGCAUGACGAUGGCAAAGAAGAAUCCGAGGCAUUAAGGCUUGGCCAUAUGUGCCAAGAAUCUACUAAAUUGGCUUGUUUGGCCGCUCCAUCAAAUGAGGCGUACAUGAUUUACAUCGAAGCUAUGAAUGAUCUAUCCAAGAAGCUCCUAAAAGUUACUUCUUAUGUUCCUCCAAUCGAUGUUUGUCAUGAAAAAGAUGAUUUAGAUUCUAUCGAGCCUUCUCAAAUAUUGCUUUUGGAUCCAAACAUCUCACAAACCAAGGGUAGGAAAAAAGAUGUAAAGGAAAAAUAUCCUAUGAUACACUCUGGAAGAUUGAAAAGUGGUAUUGAGUUGGAAUUAAAUAAGAAGAAAAGAAAGUGUCACUUAUGCAAUAAGUUAGGACAUGAUAAGAGAACUUGUCCUUCAAAUCCGAUGAGUAAAACUCAUAAAGGUAAGUGAACUACAAUUUUCCUUGUAUUAAUGUUGUUAUUUAUUUGACAUUGGUAUUCUUACUUUUUUUUACUAAUUGUCAAUUCUCUUCUCUAGCCUUAGAAGAUGAAACACAAUAUUUUGAUAGUGACCAAGAGAUGACUUAAUGAGAAGAUGGUAAUUCCAAAACUUGCUUAAUCUUCUUGAUGCUUUAGCUAAUUAUGUUAUGAAAUGUAAAAUCACAAAUGCCAAUAGUGGAUGAA